AUGCCGCGGGGUAGAUUGGGUGCCCGUGCAACGGGCCUAAGUCGUGGUUCUCGCGUUCGCCCAAAACGAGGCCGUUUGCUGCUAGAGAGCGACGCAGCUAGCGCUCAAUCAGCCAAGGAUGAGACGCGCUCGCCUUCGCCCUCAGCAGAUACCUCCUCGGUCCUCGCUGAGGCAUCCAGUCCCGGGCGCUCCGACGAGACGCCGGCCUCGGAGCCGCCGGUAGUGCCAGAACGGCGCACCCGCCGACACAAGCAGCAUCCUACGAACAAGCACGGAGGCGUUUCCGUCGAAGAGGACCACACUCCUGGUGGACUCGGUGUGACGACACAGUCUCGAGAUGGUAGCCGCCGUGAAGACGAGGCCGUCGACCAGUCGCCGCGGCGCGUAUCCUCCGUUGAAAAAGAGCGCGUGCAGGACCUGCACUUGCUGCAGCAGCUGCUCCGAGCCUGCAAACAACGAAAGCCCUGGACAAGCUCUGCCAUCAUGGAUUGUGAAGAGGUGACUGAGCCGCAUCCGAUGCCGCUGGUCACCAAUUCAGACGAGAAGCAGAAGCAGGACCUCGCCAGUGCUGGGAACGCACCUGCGAGCACUUGGGAAAGUGUUGCGGAUGCCGACCAAAGCCGGGCUCCACAACCUGAUAGGCCUGCAUGGCUGUCCAUGCUAGAGCAGCUCUCCUGUGUGCUGCACGUGUACAACCUCUUGACGGAUGCGAUCUUCCGUGAAGCUUGUGAGGAAGCUUUUCGAGAGGAGUACUUCUCGCGCAUUCUACGCACCAAUGAUCGAGCACGCAUCCACAGUCCGCUCUUCGAAGCGCUUCGCAUGACUAGCCUGUUGGAUGAAGAUACCGUAGAAACGCCUUUGAAUGGAUGUACGCAGGCUCGGCAAGCAGCCCGUGAGGGUGUCCUCGUCUGUUUUCAUUGCAAAAGUUCUGUUUCAGCCGCUCGGUAUGCGCAGCAUCUGGAGAAAUGUUGGGGUGGUGGGGGACGGCAAAGUUCCCGCGUCGCCGCAGUGCGACUCCGCCAGGCCAGCGCCCGAACCGUGAACGAGAGCUCGGAGCAGCUCCCCAGGAAUGCUGCAGCAACAGGGAAUCAUCUGGAUGAGGAUAACGGCUCUGCGGGAACGGACACUCUGCGUCCUGGUCCUCGAGCUUCCUCUGGCAAAAAUGAGGGCGGCCAGCUCACAAAGACGAGUGCUUCUGUGGAGCCCGAAAAUGUUCCGCGGGAAGGGCGGUGGUUUCCCGGAAGACCCGACGAAGGCCCCGAAGCGUCAGUGGAGCAGCGUCCCGUAUCGGGCAUGCAGACUGGUUUCCAUGACCAGGGCGUCAUUCAAGAGCCGGAGCAGCAUGAAGGCCGCCCAGUUUCACUGCGGUUGCCAACAGAAAGGAUCAGUGAUGGAAAUGAACCCGCGGAAGACGAGGCAAUAGGCAGUGAAGACGUCCCUGGUAGGAUCCAUGACGACGAUGCUGAUGACAACGUCGAAGACGGUAACAAUGUAGACGACGACCACGACGACCACGACGACGACGAUGAUGAUGAUGACUUCACGCAGCGGCCGCCAAAAGUAAGAAAGCGCUCCACCAGUCGCCGACGUCCCGAAAGGCGACGUCGUGGUCGAUAG